AUGAGCGGCAGCUCGAACCAGUCCACUCGAACGAGUCCCGGCUCCUUUGGCACGACACAGCGCACCGAGUCUGUGUCUUCUGGUUCUUCGCCACCACAGCACCCGCUCUCGCAUUCUUCCUCCCAGGCGCCCGCGACGACUCAGCAUGCGAUGUCGACCGACGUCUACAGCCCAACUGUCUCGCAAGCGCCCACGUCUCUAGCUCCUACUUUCACUUAUCCAUUCUCGCCGCUCGGCCCAUCCUCCUCCUUCGAUAGCGGAAUGCGCCUCGGCGAGUCAGACCGUAACCUCCAGGGCCUAAAUGGCCUGGGGCGCGCCAACGGAGGUGGCGCGAUUCUCAUGCGCAAGUUGCCUCGUAACACCAGUCGUGAGGCUCUGCGCAGCAUGCUCCUUUUCGCCAAAGACUUUGUCGAUGCCGAUUUUGUGACCUCUGAUUACCCGGAAGAUGACGGGUUCCUGAGCGCGAUCGCUCGAUUCAACACCCUGCCCGCCGCAGAAGAGGCCCGCGCCCUUUUGGAUGGCAAACCGAAUUCGAAGAACGACGCCAACAUGGUGGUGGAAAUGUACCCGGGUCCCGUGGGAUCUACCUUGUCGAAUGCGCGUCGCAACACCAUCGAUCAUACCAACAGCCGGGGAUUACUAGGUGGUGUCCCCUCAAACGGCCCUCUGUCGCGCCAAUCCUCCCGUUUCAACGGCACCUUCCAGAGCCUUGAGCGUUUGUCGGCGGCCAACCCCUCUACACAAAUCAUCGGCGAGGGCCUGCCUUCGGCAUCGGAAUCCGGCUCCCGUCUUCACAGUCUCUUCUCCCCGCAAUCACCCAUCGGAAAUGGAGUGGGUGACCUGCCGCGCGUGACGGGCAAGUCCAUGAUCGAUGAAGAUCCGGACGAGGAGACGGGCGAGCUGCUCAAGGAUCCCGUGGGCUACGCAGAGAACGGCCACUCCGCUUCGGUCUCUGUCCCACGUCGCUCCACCAACCCUCAGAUCCCGACCAGUCGCUUUGCCAACCUAUCUUUGUCUACCACUAUGUCGUCUCCGCCUUUGCCAAAUUACGCCUCCAACGGUCCUGGGCAGCGCAUGGGCAGUGUCAGUGGACCAUCCUCGGCCUAUCCCGGUGGCCACGGCCACGGCUUCCCAUACGGCGGCAGCCAGCACACUCCUCGCCAUAGCCUCCCUGCUGCGAAUCCAAACGACCUGAACCCCCCGUGUAACACGCUUUACGUGGGUAAUCUACCACCAGACACCUCGGAGGAAGAGCUCAAGGCACUGUUCUCCAAGCAGCGCGGCUACAAGCGACUGUGCUUCCGCAACAAGCAAAACGGGCCCAUGUGCUUUGUGGAGUUUGACGAAGUGGCAAUGGCAAGCAAGGCACUCAACGAGUUGUACGGCUACAAGUUGUCCAACAGCGUCAAGACUGGCAUUCGCCUUAGUUUCUCGAAGAACCCCCUGGGUGUACGUUCCGGUCAGCCAGGCAGCAUGAGUGCAUCCAACCCUCUUCAGGGCCCCGGUGGUGUUCCUGGAGGCAGCAACUUGAGUGGGAUGCAUAGCCACAUGUUCUCCUCGGUCAGUGGGCCUCCUCCGGGGCUAGCUGCUCCUCCGGGACUCGCUAUGCCCAUGCCCUUGCGCAAUGGCAACGCUCUGCACGUUGCACACGGCAAUGGGAACCCACACGCUAUGGUGGGCAACGGCACUUUCAACCAUAACUCGGGUCUAGGGAUUCGCACUAGUGGAGGUAAUGCCAUGAUGAUGUCGCCGCCGCCUCCUGGAGCUGCCGCUGGCAACAAUGCGGGGCCGAACAUGAAUGGCUACAAUUCCUUCUACCCUGACUACAUGAUGGGUCGCUAA